GAGAUUGGUCGAUUUGCUUUGCUUUUCGUUGUUUUCGUUUCGAUAAACAAACAGCUGUUUUGUGGAAAUAUAACAUAAUCUUUGCCUUAUAGCAAUAUGAAUGAAGAAAUUGAUGAAUUUGAAAUUUACCAUCAAGAUUUCACAACUGCUUCAGAGUGGGAAGUGUUUAUUGCACGAAUAGAAGAGAUACUAUUCGAGUGGUCACUCGCCAAAUCAAAAAUCUGCCUAAAUUCAGAAUGUCAGAGUACAAAAUGGGUCAGUAAACGCGAAGAUAUCAAGUUCCAUGGUCUGAAUUUCAAACUUUCAUAUCACACGCUAGAUUUUACUGAAAGUAAAACUGAUGACAAUGAUAACAAGUCUUUGUUAGAAGAUUUACAAAAUGGUAUUUGGGCAUCAACUGCAAACUUCAUCGAUGAAGUGGACGGUGGCAGUCCUUUCCCCGUUUCUACAUGGUUCGGGCUAAAACGUUACGUGAUGCUGUGUCCAAGUGAACCCCUUGUUGAUGGUAGCCUUAUAAAAUUAGUAAUGAGUUCAGCAAACAUUGCCUUUGCCAAUGUGGAUUGUGGAGCGCCUUUCUUCAUUAAAGUUAGAGAACAUUGGCAACAGUGUUAUUUGGGCUUCUAUGAGGACAGCGAACAUAAGACCAGUUUUGAUACAAUCCACCUGAAGCGCAUCUCUAAUCAGUGUUCUCACCUUAGUGGCCUUGUUAGUUUGUUUAAAUCAAAGAUUUCUUCGCCAGUUGCCCUCGGCGCUGUUAUAGUAUCAGCUAAAUUUUCUUAUGAAUUGAAGGAUGUGGAUGCAUUUGCCUGGACUCGCACCACACAUUCAAAUGAGUUCCUAUCUGUUGAUGGCUUUGAUGUUAAGAAGUUAAUAGAACUGCCUUUUGGUUCGGAAAAAAAUCCUAUCUAUAGUGCGCUGUUAAAUGCUAUCUGGCCAAAGUUCCUAGAGAGCUCUAUUGUUGACUGUUCCACAUUUUCUGACAUAGACCCUAUAAUGGCUCCCACAUGGACUAUUAGUUUGAAGUUGAGAGACAAUCUAACAUGCCAGUUGUCUGAAACAAUUAUUAAGAUGAUGAACUUACUGGAUAAAAAUAAUCUUUUAAUGGAUACUCUGGGUCUGAGUCGGAGUUUGGGGCUAGUGAAUCCUCUGCACAAGAUCACGGAGGCUCCCAUCACAAUAUCAAAGCUUGUAAAAGCAGCAAUAGGCCAAAGCACCAAUAUACAUGAGUUCAAAGGGCCCAUAGCAGAUGACUUGCUCAUGUCACUGCUGUAUUAUAUAUUUCCUGAUGCAGUGGAGGAUGACACAUUUAACUACACAGAAAAAUUAGAAAUAGAAAUUAAGGGUGAUGGUGGUGAGUCUAAGUUACUCGGGUACUUAAAGACCUCGCCCCGUAAUGGGCUUGUAUGGCGGUUGUCAGUGGCUGCGGCGCGCCUCCUGGACGCCGGCGGCCUCCCUUACCUCGCGCACCUGUGGUACGAGUUCACCCAGGAACUGCAGUACCGCUGGGAGCGUCGCAUUCUCGUUCCAGGAGUUGCCGAGGGGAUUCCGAACGCGAGAACAUGUUUGCUUCAUCAAAAGCUACAGUUGUUGAACUGCUGCAUCCAGCGCUCGCAAGAGUCAGGCGGGGCGCCCGGCAACUCCUCCGAGGACGAGUUCUACGACUGUUCGGAGGGCGAGGGCGCCGAAUCCCAGUUACCUUGGGACCGUCCAGUCGGCAGACUCAAGCGCCUUGAAGACGCCACCCUUAAGAAUGGAGCACCUCUCUAUAUUCCUCGCACACAGGACCCGGCUCCGAAGACAGAAGACCAGCUGGAGGAAGAUGCCGAGCUGAUGGUGCGACUCGGCGAUGACGCGCGCGCCUCCGAGCUGCGGGCGCGUAUGAUGAGCGCCUCACUGCUCUCCGACAUGGAGGCCUUCAAGGCAGCCAAUCCCGGCUCCGAGCUCUGCGACUUCGUGCACUGGUACUCGCCGCGCGACUGGCGGCCCGACAGCGGCGGCGCGCUCGGCGACCGCAUGCUGCUGCCCGGCAACCCCUGGGUGGAAGCCUGGGAAGUCGCGCGUCCGGUCCCCGCCGCGCGCCAGCGUCGCCUCUUCGACGAGACUCGCGAGGCGGAGCAGGUUCUUCACUUCCUGCGCUCGCGAACUGUCAGCGGUGCCGCUGAGCUUCUUUUACCGGCAAUUUUGCGAGCGGGUGCCGUCAAAGCCCAGGCGGAAGGGGUCACCGCGGUCAGCGCGGCGGUGGGCGGGGUCGAUCAGAGGCGGUCCUUCGAGAUAGCCGCGCGGGAACUUUACGAUGCGGAAAGGGAAGCGUGUCGGUCUAUCUGUGUCCGCACCGUGCUCGGAGACAGCGAGGAAGACCGGCCGCUCGACUCCGCGGGUAGGAGCCGGAUCAUCAACGCCGUGGGGGGCAGCCUGCCGGCGCCUGCGCGGCGCGAGUUCACGCUGCGCGUGCGGGACGACGUGGCGCCGCAGGUCAUGCGCGCUGCCCUCUCCACCGACAUGUUCGUCAUUGGCGCCUUCACAGAACGCAUAGUGUGCUUUUAGCGAUACAAAUAUUUAACCCCUUUAUGCCAUCAUGACACUGUGCGAGCGAAAACGUUCAUAUUUAUAUUAAGAUUAUUAACCGUUAUACUAAAUGUUACAAUGAACGAAGCAUUUGCCAGUAUAGAUCUAUCCAAUCAUCAUUGUCAAAAAUACUAGCGCAACGCUUGCAAGAAAGAAGAAUAACCUAAAUGCCGACUUAGUUCAGUCUUCCUCAAUUUCUGAUAGUGAUAGAUUUCGGUAGUUGUAGAAAGCUAGUACCUACAAUGUAACAGAAGUCAAAUUAGAAGACAGAUCGCCUUACCGCCUGCUCAGUUUUGUAGAUUGGUUAAACAAUACGAAUGUGUAAUCAUGCGCAAGUAGGAGUUACGUCGAUCUAUCUCGUAACAGGUAAAUAAUGUUAAGCGUAUCGGUGCAAUUAUAGUUGAAUAGAUAAUGUUGAAUUGUUCAUAGAAUUUAUUAAUAUAUUUAUAAGAACUUGUUUGUGAUGUUCUAAAUGUUUGCUUAAAUUUUACGGUAAUGCAUAUUAUACUUAUGCUAGUUGAUUUUAAGCCUAUGUGAUAUAUAGGUAAUGUUCCGCACUCGGACGCGAAGCUGGCUUAUCAAACUCUACGCCAGCAGUAUUUACUCUGGCUGCCUUCUUGUAACACCGAAUUUUUCUCAUAAUACUCUCGUGAAUAACUGAAUAUUUAUUUUGUUUCGAUGAUAUGUUUAUUCCAUAAAACGUGACUAUGUAAAUUUAUAUCGAUAACAA